AUGGGUGGCCGUAUCAUUGGAUAUCUCGGGAUCCGACGAAUCCCAGUCGUCAUCGCGCGAGAGAUUACCGUCCGAGGCACGGUCGUAGCUAGACGUCUUGUCGACACCAUUGAUGCCAAGGUCGUCGACGUGAUAUUCCGAAAGGUGGAGCACGCAUACCAUGGGAAUAUCCUGUUCACGGAGGAGCAAAAGAAACAGCUCACAGAAGUGCGAAUAACGUAUGCACUCCCUCUCAAGUCGAAAUUCAUAACACGGCAGAUUCCCAUCGCUAACCUCCUGUUAUUACCACCUAGUUCAAUGCCCCACGAAAGUGAUCUGGAUCUCGACAACCACCUUUCCUUCGUUGCGGACAAAGAGGAGGAGCCCGACUUCCUCAAGGGGCAUGUUACCACCAAUCCAGCCCAGCAGAAGGUGGUUCGCAGCUACCGCAAGAUCUCUGCCUCUGGUUCCAGAUGGAGGAGGCAAGUCGAGUCUCGAUUCUGUAUUGCUAGUGUCGCUAGCAAUUAA